CGCCGUUCUCGCGUGCGGUCCACGCUAAACGCUCUCCCGCGGCGACAUCGUGUUAACAUUAAAUUAUUUGUGUCAAGUUAUUAUUUCAGUGUAUUGAACGUGUUGUAUUGUGUUGUAGUGCCUUCCUGUGUUGCGCCGUUGGAUGUUUGUGUUGUAUGUGCCGACUUAGCGUGACACCAUGAAAACCACAGUGAGGAGACAUACGCGCACGCACCACGUCGCCCAAUAAACCCCCACUACCCACCCACCACAUCACAGAUACAAUGACAGCUUAAACCAACAUACAAUGUGAUUCGCAACUGGGUGAAGAUGCACGCGAAAAUACGCAUUUGGGAGAGGCGAAAAUCGUAUCCGCGAUGACACCGCUUCGCCAUAACGAAUGCAUUAAGUGAACGCUAGUAUAGAUGCGCUUCUUUGUGUGUGCCAUUUGCGAAAUUCGUGUGUUAUAUUCAUUUGCGCGUAAUAUCAUUUUUAUAACCGGUAUUUAAUUUUCCGGUCUCAUUAUUUCGUCCGGAAGCAAUAAAUAGGUUAGUUGUAACGUUAACAGUAGCGCUUCAGCAAAAGUUCGGGAAAACGGGUAUUAAUUGUAAAAUGUAAACGGUAAAAUUUAGUUGUCCGAACGGCGGGGCCAAAUAAUUUCGAUUUUGUAGUUAGUUUAAUUUUUAAAAUGGUGUGGAACACUACGAUAUUGGCGAAGACUACGAUGAGCAGCCACUACAACACUACAUACGGGCAGAAUUCCACCUUUGUAGUCCCGACGUACCUCAGCCAGGAGGAGUUUAUAGCGCUGCAGAUGACAAACACUUCAGAGGCCAACACCACACUAAACGAGACGCAUAUAAACCUGGUGCUGAAGACUUGGUAUCCGAGCGGGUACUCGCCAGCACAUAUCAUCAUAGCGUCAGUGGUGGUGACGGUACUGAUGAUCAUGGUGGUGGUGGGGAACAUGCUAGUCAUCAUAGCAAUAGUGACGGAGAAGGCGUUGAAGAACAUCCAGAACUGGUUCAUAGCCUCGCUAGCGGUGUCGGACUUUUUCUUAGGGCUGGUGAUCAUGCCGUUCUCUUUGGCGAACGAACUGAUGGGGUAUUGGAUUUUCGGGUUCUGGUGGUGUGAGAUACAUUCGGCGAUGGACGUGCUGUUGUGUACGGCGUCGAUUAUGAAUCUGUGUUUGAUAUCGCUCGACCGGUACUGGAGUAUAACUCAGGCGGUAGACUACCUGAAGAAGCGGACGCCGGCGCGCGCGGCUCUCAUGAUAGCCGCUGUGUGGCUAAUGAGCGCGCUCGUCUGCAUCCCGCCACUCCUGGGAUGGAGGGUAAGCCGGCCUCCAGAGCAAUUCCCACAGUGCAAGGUAUCCGACGACAUCGGAUACGUGAUUUAUUCGGCGCUGGGCAGCUUCUACAUACCGUCCUGUAUCAUGGUGUUCGUCUACAUCAGGAUAUACUUCGCUGCGAAGGCACGGGCGAGGCGCGGCAUCAGGAAGAACCCGCGGCCCAGGCCUAACGAGCAGCAAACAAGUUUUAGCAAUCCGCCGAGGGGGACGCGGCCCAUGCCUUCCACGCACCCCAUGCCCCAGGGCCAUCUUAGUAGUACUAAUAAUAAUGGUGAGAGUCAAAUAUCGACAAUAGAAACACCCCAGGUGCAAAUACCGACGGUGACUUGCGACCUAGCGUCAGACAUAUCGACCAGUGAAGCGGGAGACACCGCGCCGCCACCACCUGACGAGAGGAAAGACACUCUCAAGGUGGUGACAGCAGCGCAAGUGACGAAAAACCCUCUCGCCGCGUGCCCUCUCAGGAGUUCAACCCUCUCCGUCAACGGAGAACUAGCUCUCCAGCAGUCACGGGGCAGAGCGCCCAGCGUCGCCAUCGACGCGGACAUGGUCUCCGAGCUAGAGCCUUCAUCCUCAGACUCGGGAGUCGUCAGUCGCUGCGGCGGCGUCAAACCAUUAAAACUUAGAAUAUUCAAGAAAACAGAUAGGAGACAAGAGAAAUCUCAACCUAACAAAUCAGAAUUAGAGCCAGCGUUGCCUAAACAGCACAAACCCCGCGACCCUGAGAGAGAGAAGAAGAGGCUUGCGAGAAAGAAAGAGAAGCGAGCGACGCUCAUCCUAGGGUUAAUUAUGGGCAGUUUUAUAGCGUGCUGGCUGCCUUUCUUCUUCCUUUAUAUCCUCAAGGCGGCGUGUAGGAGAUGCGUGAUACCCUCCAGCGCUUUCGCGAUAGCCUUCUGGCUGGGGUAUAUGAACUCUGUGCUGAAUCCGGUGAUCUACACGAUCUUCAACAAGGAUUUUAGGAGAGCGUUCAGGAGGAUACUGUUCAAGUGAUGUUUGGCCUACGUGUGUUGUUACCGUUGCGUCGCCAACAGGAUCCUGGUGGCACAGCAGCGGGCAACACCGGCUCUUUAUAAUGUGCGUUAAUCAUUCAUUCAUAGACUCUGGUGGUUCGGGUUACAGUGAUACAGUGCGGUUGGUCGGUUUCCAGAAUAUUCUUAUCUCUUAUUGACCAAUGAUUCAACAAAAAUUAUACUUAAAAAAUAGUUUUUUCUAAAUGAAGUUAAUCUUGGAACUCUUGAAGUCUUGUGUCUUUAUGCUCAUAAAAAAAUGUUGUAACCAAUAUUUUGAAAAUCGAUUGAACAGAACGAUGAAACAGUAGUGUUAAACUUUCAAUGCAAUAAUUAAUAAUCCCACAGUAUUAACUUGCUUAUUGAUAUUUUAGGCUUAUUAUGAAGGUCACUUCGUGUUUAACAUUUUUUUAUUGAAACAAUUGAUACGUUGUAGUGUGUACGUGUAAGUGGCAACUUAACGUAUGCCAAAAAAGAGUCAGGGUUACUUAAUCUUAUAUAACAUUUAGCUAAAAGCUAUGUUUGCAUCUCAAGGCGCGCAAUAGUAAAGGGAUAUAGACUACUAGGUACCUUUCUUCUUAUUUCUUCUCUGGUGCUAAUAAUUGUUUUUUUUUUUUGUAGCUUUAAAACGUGGAGUGAUCUUGAACUAGUAUUAUUUGCAAAUAAAAUGGAAUUGUAAAAAAUAUAAAUAUUUUCCUUUUUUUGUAGACUUUUUGAUAUUUGUAGCGAAAAUUAGUAAAUAUAGUAUAUAGUACUAUUAAUUGAAACGGAGAGAAUGGAAAAAAUAAAAGCGGAUUUAAGAAAGUUAAUAAACAAUUUUCUUUUUUUUUUAAAUCUUAACAAAAAAUUUGGUAUACUUGCAGUGACCAAAACAGGUUAUAUACCUGUACAUUUUAUGUCUUUCAACAGUUAAAACAUUAUUUGGUCUUAUUUAGAAAAAAAAACGAAUGCGUGGUUCUCAAUGUUUUUUCCUUUUUUUUUUAAUUUCCACAAAUUGAUGAUAUUUUCAUUAGCUCUGUCAUUGAUCAUAAAGUCUGUUUAUUAUGAACAUAAAAAAAACUUUAAAAGAUAAUAAGUAAAUUUUCCGCUAAUCUCCGUUUCAAUGAAUAAUUAAAUCAAAACUGCAAAACACUAAAGGAUUUGAAAAUUGUAAUACUUAUGAAUAAAAUUCCUCAGACAACUGUACAAUAUAGAGAAGGAAUUAAUAUUUGAUAUUUUCUUGGUUAGCUUCUAGUAUUUUUGGAAUAUCAUAAAAUUGCUAGAGUUUUUUGAAUAUGAUUCUGUAAGAGCAACAAUAUUUGACGCAGAUAAAAAUGUUCCGAAAUAAAAGGGUAUAAGGUGUUACUUGCAGUGUAUCCAUUGUCUAAAUUGUUGAUGGUAGUGAUUAAAUUCUCUUAAUAAAGAUAAAAAAAUAUAUAUGAAACACUGCCAAAUAUGAUCAUAAUAUAGGUUCAGCUAAAACGUAAGAGCUUACAAUUCCUAUAAAACUAGACUAAAUAUAUUUAAAGGAUAACGUCACUAUUGUUGCUCUUUGCAAAAUAUGUAAAUAUUACCCUUGCAUUAAUACUCAUACGCUUAAAUACGUACAAAGUAUGCAUAUUGAAAACAUUUCUUAUAAUUAUCUAAAUCAAUUAAUAUAACUCCUAUUCAACUACAUAAAAUGUCUACUUCAAAAGUUAAUUUUAACAAUGUUUUUGCAAAAAUCAAUUUUGAAAAAAAUUUAUAAAAUAAUCAAUCAUAGAAGAGCCUUUCUCUUCUGUCAAAAAUAUUUUUUUAAGCUAUUUCAAUAAAACACAUAUUAAAACAAUAUUAAAUUCGUAUCGACAUCAGUUUUUUCGUAGAAUUAAUAAACGCACGGCUUUCAUUUCAAAACUUUUGAUUGAUUUUUUGCAAAAACAUGAAAAGUCACGUUUCAUAUAAACUCAUUCAUUAAAUAAUCAUUGUAAAGAUACGGUGUUAUACCUAUGUAGGGCAGAACUUGUUGUGAAUGAAAUUCCUAAUACCGGUAUAAUUUAAUAAUAUUUUAAAUCAAUCGCAAAAUAUUGGUUUAUCUGAAGUUAUUGCAUAUACCCGAUUUUUAACCGGAAAAUAAAUUCCGGUAUUUUUUAAUUUGAAAUGAAUAGUAAAAAAAAAAUAUUCUAUUUUAUUCACAACACGUUCAAUGUCUGUAGAAUAAUAUUAUAUUAAAUAAAUUAUUGACUGCGCCUCUGUGCCUAUCGAACGAGCACUCAACAACAUUACAAUGCACUUAAUUUAUAAAAAUGUAAAUAUACUUUAAAAUGUUUUCUUUAAAUUUUUAAUAGCGAAUACUAGUUUGGUGUAGUGAUUUGUUUAAGCGCUGGACGCUUUUGUAUAAUUUGAAUAUAUGUAAAUAUUGUACUUAGAACUAGUGUAUAGUAGGUUAAUACAUUUUAAAUUACAACCAAAAAGGAUAACACCAAAAUACUUCCUGUAAAUUUUUUCUAAUCUUAUGAUGUAAAAUUUUAUUCGAUAAAAUUUUAUCCACAUAUAGUAUUUGUAUACGUGAUCGUUAAUUUUAGAUAUUGUAUAAAGUUCCUUCGAUAAUAUAUAGUCUUCUACGAUAUAAUAAAAUGUACUGAAUAUUUCUUUUUUUUUGCAUAUACUACAUAUAUUUAAAACUUAAUUUUCCCUGUUCUCGCCAUACUAUUCUAAAAUACUCAAUAUAUAUUUUUUUUAUAAUUAUGUUUCAUCUGCAAUAGUGCAUAUACUGUUUCUCUGUAAAAACUUAUGAUUAGAUUUUAAAGUUAUUUUAAAUGUUCUCAACUGUACCUACGACUGAUGAUAGUUUUUAAAUCUUUUUCCAAAAUUGUAAAUAAAUUUCUGAAUUUACGCAAAAAUAUAUUGUAUACUUAUAAAAUUGAACAACAACGACAAUUUAAUUCUAAAUCGACGUAACUAGAUUCUUGGAUUAGUUGAUAGGUUACAUCGUAUAAGCUAGUUGUUAUUCGAUAAUAAUUGCAACACCAUUGACGUAAUUAUAGCGUAAGUAUUGUACUGAAGUCAAGCAAUAGAAAACUUAGAGAUUAUUUUUUUUUCGUGUUUUUCUCUGAAAAACCUCUCUCAUAUAGUCUUCCAACGUGUGCGUGGUUGAUUUUGUUUUGAUGUAAGUAAUGCGGAGUAACGAACCUUUUUUGAAUCUAGAACUCCAUAAUCAAGCACUGAGCCCUGGCUGGUUGUGGGGUUUUAUUUUAUAGAAAAAAUCGAUUCAAAAUCGAUUUUUCUAGAAUCGAUCGUGCGAUAUUUUACUGUUAGUAAAAUUUGUGCGAAUGAUAAAAUUGUUAACAUUAUGAAACUAAUGGCUGUCUUGCGACGUUCCAAGUGAUAGAGGAAUGCAGUAUUAAAAACAAUUUGAAAUAUCUAAAGUUGAAUAACAGGAAUACCUUUGUAAAUAUAAUGUUUUGAAGUUCGAAUCGUUUUCUAAUAACCUCUCAAGUCAGCCAAUGUGCAAUAAUUUAUUUUAUCUAGUUGAAAAUGAGUAUUAAAUACAUAAAAUGUCUAAAGUUACGUUGUUUCCAAA